UCCCAUACACACACCUGCCUUCCCAUACACACACCUACGCCCCCCCUCUAUACACUACGCCCCCGCUAUACACCAUUAUUUUAUUUUAGAAUAUAUUGCCUUUUCUACCUCUCUCUCCACCUGUAAUGGGCAGCAGCGUACAGCCAGUCAGAGCCAUGUAGCGCCUGUAGCAAGGUCUCGGUAGCCCCCAAAACAGGUACCCACGAGCUCACAGGUAAAGGUUGUAGUUGUGAGAGUGUGUGAGUAGCCCAGCCCUGACUCCUGUAGCCGGUCAGGGCGAGACAGAGCCGGUCACUGCCAGACAGACAGAACCCCUCGCCGGUGCGCCACAGACAGCACCGCAGGUCUUGGGGUGGUAAAAUAAAAAGUCCUCGACAGGUAAUUUUUUCUGGGACCAUUUUCCAUUUGUGUGUCGCCUUGCAUUCUCUUGUCUGUGGCUAAGCUUAAUGUAUCUACAAUAUCCCUGUUGUUUACUGAAGUAUUCCACACAUUUUAGAGAACAGUAGCUGUCUAGUAACAUGACGAGGCCCGCCCAGCCGUCCACAAGGCCCGCCAGGCACACUCACACCCCCUCGAGGCCCGUCACCAGGUCUGGCCCACCGCCCCCCGGAGACCAGACCUCAGUGACGCCUCGAGUGCCUGGCAGGGAGCAAGCAUAAUGUUAUCCCUCAUGUACCCUGAAGGCGCGACUCUUGCCCGUCGUUGCCCAGCCUAAGGUGCCCUGAUACCUAAGCUUGUGGACGGUUCGGCGCGGCCACCAAUGCAACUCUGUGGCGUGGUGGUGUAGUUGAAUCUUGACCUAUCGAUGUUGUAUUCUCUCGUGAUGUGACAUGUUCACCAGACUGUAUUCCAAGAUUUAGAACCAAACACUCAGCACUAACAACCACAGCGGCCCCACAGUGUGUCGGGCCGCCUUAGAGUAACCCACAGCCUCAUGACGCGACACAGCAGCCUUGUCACCCACGGCACUGAUGCCCCCCUCCCGGACACCACACGACACCACACUGAUCCACGCUACACCACACAGCACCACGCUACACCACACAGCACCACGCUACACCACACAGCACCACGCUACACCACACAGCACCACGCUACACCACACAGCACCACGCUACACCACACAGGACCACGCUACACCACACAGCACCACGCUACACCACACAGCACCACGCUACACCACACAGCACCACGCUACACCACACAGCACCACGCUACACCACACAGCACCACGCUACACCACACAGCACCACGCUACACCACACAGGACCACGCUACACCACUUUAUACCACACUGCACCAUCCCACACCCCACUUAACCAUGGUAUACCACACUGCUCCUUGCUGCACCACACUGCACCAUGCUAUACCACACUAUAUCUCACUGCUCCAUGCUACACCACACUACUUCACACUGUCCCAUUCUGCAUCAUACUGCUCAAUGCUACACCACACUACACCUCUUGGCUACAACACGAGCACCACAGUACACCACACUGCACCAUAAUACAGCACACUGCACCAUGCUACACCACUCUAUACACCUACAGUCUUAACAUAAGCACCACACUACUCAACCAGUGAUGAUGCAACACACCACACCACCACACCGUCUGCGUGCCUCACCCCAGGGCGCCGCAGCACACUGCCCCGUGCACCAACACACCACAUGACAACAGCAUUAACAUGUAGGAUUCCAGCCAGGCGCUGGCGGCCAUUGCACGCCGGUGUGCGGGGCGGGGA